AUGGAGCCAGGUUUGAUACAGAGUGACGACCCACGCACACCAUGCAGGUCUCCUGUACCCAAUGAAGGCAAUAGUACUUCCAAUUAUGAGACUCCCAUCACACAGAGACCUAGAUCGCGGUCGGUCCAUUAUCAACACAGCUCAAGGAAGAAGAAACAACCGAGGUUUGGUCUGUAUACGCUUGGACAAACUUUGGGGGAAGGCGAAUUUGGUAAAGUUAAAUUGGGAUAUAUAAACAAUGAUAAUAUCGACACGUUGAAUAGCAGCGGAAGUAAACUUGGAAAUUAUUCGCAUAUGCCUAAACAAGUUGCCAUCAAGCUGAUAAGACGUGAUACCCUUUCUGCUUCGAAAGAGAGUGAAAUUAAAUUAUAUAGAGAGAUAAAUGCUUUGAAAAUGUUGACUCAUCCAAAUAUAGUCAAACUGGAAGAAGUGUUGCAAAAUUCAAAAUACAUUGGAAUAGUAUUAGAAUACGCAUCCGGAGGAGAGUUUUACAAAUAUAUUAAAUUUAAAAAAAGAUUAAAAGAAUCUAAAGCCUGCACCAUAUUUGCACAAUUAAUAAGCGGCGUAUCUUAUAUCCAUUCGAAAGGUUUAGUCCACAGAGAUUUAAAAUUAGAGAAUCUUUUGCUGGACAAGGCUGGAAAUCUGUUAAUCACCGAUUUUGGAUUUGUGAAUGAAGUCACUAAGACAAAUAAAUUGAUGCAUACGCCAUGCGGUUCUCCAUGCUAUGCUGCGCCUGAACUUGUCACAUCUGUUGAGCCGUACAAUGCAAGGAAAGCAGAUAUUUGGUCAUGUGGGGUAAUACUGUAUGCCAUGUUAGCGGGAUAUUUACCAUGGGAUGACGAUCCAAAAAAUAUAAAUGGAACCGACAUUGUCAAAUUAUAUAAAUAUAUUGAAAACCAACCAUUGAAGUUUCCGGAAUAUAUCAACAUGGUUCCACGGGACCUCUUGAGAAGAAUGCUGGAGAUUGAUCCAGCGAAGAGGAUGAGCAUGAAACAUAUAUUACAGCAUGCAUGGAUUACACCUCAUCAAGUAUUCCUUUCGGUCACUACGGAAGAAUGGGAUAGAAGUUUCAUUGUUAAAAAAUCCAAUCCUUCUACACCAUCGAGUGACCGCACCGCACCUACUCAAAACAGAUUAUCUAGAUACACUUGCAGCAACAACAACAGUUCAAUGAGCAUCCGAAACCACAGGGCCCCUAGGCCUCACUCGACGACGUUUUUGGAUAUCAAGAGAGACUCAUUGAUAAUCGACUCAACCUUAUUCAACAUGCCCUUGCCUCCCAAAGAAUCUCAAUUCAACGCUACAAGCAACAGUUCCAAGACUAGUCUAAGUAGCAACACCAGUGUCCCUACCACAACGUGCAGUGCGAUCAGUAGCAGUGGAAAUGCAUCUAGCAACAAACAUUCCCAUCAUACACGGACUAACAGUGCUGCAUCCAUUGCAUUACAAGCGGUGGUGAACAGUGACAGAGAAAAUCAUAUAUUGAAAGACAUCACAAACACUAUCCACGACACUGGAACCGUACAGAACAGUAAGAAAACGGCCAGAAAGUACAGACCAAUGUCUUACCAUCCUGACAUGUCAACGUUGACCGAAUACUCCAAGCAUUACUUAGCGGAUAAAAUAUACGCGCAGAGAGAAGAUAGCAUUGACGAGGAGGCACAAACAACAGAGUCUACGAAUAAUACAGAGGACAUAGAGAAUACCAAUCCAAAGAUCAGCACAGUCAUGGAAUAUCCAACAAGGCCAUUGAACAACCGUCAAAACACGAGCCGAACCCCGCUGACCCAUCAUGGCGGCACGGAUGCUGGCAGAUCCACCACAAAGAAGCUAUUCGAUUUCAUUAAAAGAAGAAGUAUCCGGAUCUAA